AAUCGCCUCCUCCUGCCCUGGACACCCGUGCUCAGGCUGCCCUCCUGGUUUCUAGCUUGCAGACAGCACGUGGCGGGACUCUGUGCCACCAGCGCGUGCUAAGAAAUGGCGCUCACAGGUUUCAUCUCCAUCUGAGAGUUGGGUGCUCUAGGCACUGGAAGCCGAGUCUUAACCUAGGUUCCUGGCUAGAAUAAGCCUUCACUGCACCCACUCCAGCCAGUGGCAGCGCACGACUGCUCGGCUUCUCUUCAUGAUGGGUAUUGGCAAGAAUACUACUUCCAAGUCGAUGGAGGCUGGGAGCUCCACGGAAGGCAAAUACGAAGAUGAAGCAAAGCACCCUGCCUUCUUCACUCUUCCGGUGGUGAUCAAUGGAGGGGCCACGUCCAGCGGGGAGCAGGACAAUGAAGACACAGAGCUCAUGGCCAUCUACACGACGGAAAAUGGCAUUGCGGAGAAGAGCUCUCUCGCGGAGACCCUGGACAGCACUGGCAGUCUGGACCCCCAGCGGUCAGACAUGAUCUAUACCAUAGAAGAUGUUCCUCCCUGGUACCUGUGCAUAUUUCUGGGGCUGCAGCACUAUCUGACCUGCUUCAGUGGCACUAUCGCAGUGCCCUUUCUGCUGGCAGAUGCCAUGUGUGUGGGGUUUGACCAGUGGGCCACCAGCCAACUCAUCGGGACCAUCUUCUUCUGCGUGGGAAUCACCACUUUGCUGCAGACCACAUUUGGAUGCAGGUUACCCCUGUUUCAGGCCAGUGCUUUUGCAUUUUUGGCCCCUGCUCGAGCCAUCCUGUCUUUAGAUAAAUGGAAAUGUAACACCACAGAUGUUUCAGUUGGCAAUGGAACAGCAGAGCUAUUACACACAGAACACAUCUGGUAUCCACGGAUUCGAGAGAUCCAGGGCGCCAUCAUCAUGUCCUCAUUAAUAGAAGUGGUCAUCGGGUUCCUGGGCCUGCCUGGGGCUCUGCUGCGGUACAUAGGGCCACUGACCAUCACACCCACUGUGGCCCUCAUCGGCCUUUCUGGUUUCCAGGCAGCUGGAGAAAGGGCGGGGAAGCACUGGGGCAUCGCCAUGCUAACAAUUUUCCUAGUAUUACUAUUUUCUCAAUAUGCCAGAAAUGUUAAAUUUCCUCUCCCGAUUUAUAAAUCCAAGAAAGGAUGGACUGCAUAUAAGUUACAGCUUUUCAAAAUGUUCCCUAUCAUCCUGGCCAUCCUUGUGUCCUGGCUGCUCUGCUUCAUCUUCACGGUGACCGAUGUCUUCCCUCCUGACAGCACCAAGUACGGCUUCUAUGCUCGCACAGAUGCCAGGCAGGGUGUGCUGCUGGUCGCCCCUUGGUUUAAGGUUCCCUACCCAUUUCAGUGGGGGCUGCCCACCGUCUCUGCAGCCGGCGUCAUCGGCAUGCUCAGCGCUGUUGUGGCCAGCAUCAUCGAGUCCAUUGGUGACUACUACGCCUGCGCCAGACUCUCCUGUGCCCCGCCGCCUCCCAUUCACGCAAUAAACAGGGGAAUUUUUGUGGAGGGCCUCUCCUGUGUUCUCGAUGGCGUAUUUGGUACUGGGAAUGGCUCUACUUCAUCUAGCCCCAACAUUGGCGUCUUGGGAAUCACAAAGGUGGGCAGCCGCCGGGUGAUCCAGUACGGCGCAGCACUCAUGCUUGGCCUGGGCAUGAUCGGCAAGUUCAGUGCCCUCUUCGCAUCCCUGCCUGACCCGGUGCUUGGAGCCCUCUUCUGCACGCUGUUUGGAAUGAUCACCGCAGUCGGCCUGUCCAACCUGCAGUUCAUUGACUUGAAUUCUUCCCGGAACCUUUUUGUGCUUGGAUUUUCCAUCUUCUUUGGGCUUGUCCUUCCCAGUUACCUCAGACAGAACCCUCUGGUCACAGGCAUAACAGGAAUUGACCAAGUCUUAAACGUCCUUCUCACAACUGCUAUGUUUGUAGGAGGCUGUGUGGCUUUCAUUUUGGACAACACCAUCCCAGGUACCCCUGAGGAAAGAGGAAUCAGGAAGUGGAAGAAGGGCGUGAGCAAAGGGAACAAGUCUCUUGAUGGUAUGGAGUCCUACAACUUACCAUUCGGCAUGAACAUUAUUAAAAAAUACAGAUGCUUCAGCUACCUGCCCAUCAGCCCCACCUUCGCAGGCUACACAUGGAAAGGCUUUGGAAAGAGCGAGAACAGCCGGAGUUCAGACGAAGACUCUCAGGCCACAGUAUAGCCUUAGCUGUGCCCUGUGGCCUGGCCGCAGUGAGGCACGUACUUGUCGUUCCUUGCCGAGAAACAAGAAGUCAAAUAUGUGCUUGUACAUCUGCAUCUACAUCCCACGCCCCAGAGCGGAGGCAGGUUGCUGCACAUUGCUUUCCUGUUGUGGGGGGUAAUUGUGUCCAAUACGGUGUCUCACCUGCUUCCUUAUUUAAGCCCUUGACCUCUUGCCCUGUGGCAGUGUCCAUUGCUGGCCAUGGUCACUGAACUUGAAAUUCUGGCCCUCCCGUGGGAGCGGGCAUUUAGAGUCAUCAGCAAGUCCUUUUGCUCCAUCCCCUCCCACUGCCCAGUGCUAGUUUUCCCACACCUGCCUCCUGGGCCUGGCCUAGGGCUUUCUGUCUCAAAGCACCUGGGUCUACUUACUCUUUGCUUGACCUUAGCCUGCACCUGGGCUAGGGCCACCACAUCCUCACAUCCUCAGAACUGCCUGCCAAGUGAUUCUGUUUUCCCUGAUUGCCCCUGGGAGGCUGUUGACCAGCCUGAAAACAGUGGCCUGCUGCCCUGGGCCCGAUAGGGCAUAUGAAGUUCUGCACAGGUAUGAAGUAGAACCCUGUUCAGCGGGUUGGAAGGGAAGGGCGAGGACCCCAAAGCCCAUAGGAUUCUUGAUGGCUCUUUCCCCUGCCACCCUGGUCCCCGCCAAGCCAGCGUAUUUCCUACUGACCCCUUUAAUGGCUGAGACACCUUGUUGGGCAUGCAUCACUCCUGGCUGGUGUCAUGGGUACAGGGUACCACUCAAGUCACUGGCCAGGUAAGCUCAGAGUCCUAGCUCUGCUGUCAUGUGGAUGUGACUGUUGCGCACGUCUAUAAUUAACAAGAUUUUAUUCCUAUUUAAUGUUAUUGACUGUAGCAGAUUUUCCAAAUCAGUGUUUUUCCAUGUGACCUUCCCUUGUGUACCUGUUACCUCUCGUACUCUCCCCCAACCUCCACACCCAUUAAGAAAAGUGCCAGCAUUUGUAAAGCUUGGAUACCAUCAAGGAAGCUUAUUGUAACAACUGUUGAAGGCCAGUAACCAUUGUUGUGGUUGUGUUUUGUAUUGCCUGAUACCAUGAAAGUGUAAAUACUGUAAUCCUAAUCUAUUUAUCAAAAUUGACUACUGGACCAGAGCCCAGAAACUCUGGGUGAAGUUACACAUGGAUUUGUUUUAUGAAGAAGGGAAGCUGGGUAGGUCACCAAAUAGAGCUGCCAUACUGAAUGGUCCAUCCUCCUGACCACGUCACUUCGCUCGCUUUCCUGUGGCCAGACAUUUCCAGCCGCUUUGCCUUGGGGAGACUUUCUGGGCAUUGUCACAUUGCGUGUCCUCUGAACCUUGGUUUGACAGGGGAAGUGAGUCCCUUAGCCAUGUGCCACCUUGUUUGAGUGAGUUGUUAUAGAAGAUGACAAGAAAGCAGCUAGCAGCCUCCCUCUGUGGGAAACUCUAAUUUAUGACACUAAAUUAUUUUUGACAAAGUGGCUUCUAUUGAAUGUGAAGUUUUUCAGCCAAUGGAAAAGCCUAAGACAUGAAGCAGUGCCCAUGCUGUAGGGGCUGGGCCCCUUCUGUGCUUGUUGACCUGCCUGGCUUCAGAUGGCCUUGGGUGCCCUGUCUCUGCAGGGCUGGCUGCUGCAGCCUCAUGUCCACACAGUGCAUCUCUGUGCCCUGUGCCCAGGCCGCCUUGCUUUGUCGCAUUGCCAGGUCUGUGGCUGUGCCACCACAGCUCCCUUGACUCCCAGAAGUUUUGGGCUUCAAGAGCACUUUAGAGCUGCUGCAUUAUUUUGCCAAAAUCUUACUGCAGGCCUCGUAAAGAUCCUAGAUUCCAAAUUACAUGCAAUUUUUUUGUUUCCUAGAUGUGCAUAGAGUGGGUAGUGACCUCAGAACACUGGUUCCCAUUGCCCAGCCUGAUACUGACCACUCUCCUGCCCUGUGUUGCUCUCUAUUCCUUUGCUUUAUAGUUUGCUUAGCAUCACCAAUCUCUGUUCUGAAAAAUGGGGAAAACCUUUAAGUGUCCAAGAGAGUUGAAGAAUUCUGGCUCUCUGGUGAGCAAGUGUACAAAUAAAAGCAUCAGGCCCAAGUUCCCUAGCUCAUCUUGAUAGGCCGUCUUCCCUCGUGGCAAGGCCUCCAGUGUGCAGCCUCUUCCUGGGGACCCCAUCCCCCGGGGACCUCUCUGCACACCAGUUUUAUCAUGAGGCCUCAAUUCCAGGAGACACGGAAUUGCCAGCAAGUGUCCCAGCAGGGAAGCCCUGUGCUCACAUGCUGGGGGAGCCAGGUUUCCACCCUUCUUAUUCCAUUGCAGCCAGUUUUUGAUAUUCUGUCUAGGGAGGGAGAAGGAGACCAAGAGCAGCCUGACAAGAUGCCCCAAGUGAGUCUGUCACUUUUUGCAUAGUUCUGAGUUACUGGAGUCCCCUAAUCACUAGCAAAUCACACACAAGCCAUGUUAGGACAUAGUCCUGCUAGCAAAUGUGCUUCAGAGUGAAAGUCUGUACCUGGAAGCAAAAGAACAUGUAUCUGUGUUCGAGCUGCAGCAUGCACGCAGAGGGGGAGGCUUGGUGGACAGCUGGGCUGCACUCCUCAGGCCUGCUGCUGGCUGUGUCCCAGUAGGACGUCAUAAUGUAUUCUGGACUGGGCCUUCCGUGUCUGACUUCAGUGCCUGCACCUUCACCUGCCUGGUCCUGGGGCGAAAGCAUUGGUGUUGGCCCUGAGGAGCAGAAUGUGCAGAAAAAGAGAGGGGGCUGCAAGCUUCACACCAGGGCACUGCUGCAGGCUCAGUGAGUAGUGGACGUCUGUGUUUUCAGAAUCUGAGGCUUCCUGGUGUGUGAGCAAGGCAAGAGGAAAGGCCUGCCCAGGCCAGCUCGAAUGAAGCGUCCUGGGGUUUCCCAUUUUUGUGGUAACAAAUUCACACACAGGAUUUGCUUUAUACUAUAAAAUACUGACUUUCAUGAUGACAACUUGAUUUAUGCAUGAAUAUUGCAGUAUUUUCCAUAUAGUAAAAUAACAUUUCUGCCUGGAAUAAGUCGCAGUUUUCCAGGGAGGGAAUGAUAUAAUUUUCAUGACAAUGUCAUGUACUGAUACAAUUUCUCCAUUGAUGAAUCUCUAGUAUGUGUGUAUACUUUAUUUACCCAUACAUAUAUUCUCUGACUAUGAGCUAAGCUGUUAGGUCUUUCAUUCAUGUCCCUGCUGAGAUAUUCGUUCUAGCAACUUGGAUUCAAAGCUGACAAAUCUAAUCUUCAGUGAUACCUGUGCCACAGGAGUGGCCCAGUCAGGCCACAUAGAAGGGAAGGAGCUGGCAAGAGGAGAGGCCACAUCCUGGGGUUGCUUGGGCUAUGGACCUGGCUGCAGACACCAGGCCUGACACGGCUUGAAAGGGGCUUGCUUGCCCAGCUGCUGCCAGAUGCCAGCCUGGCCCGCCACACACCGGGUGAGCGUGGCGCUCUCGCACCUGAGUGUUCAUGGAGCCCCAGGCCCAGGAGAACUGGCUGUGGUGGGGUUUGGGUGCUGUGCAUUGGCCUCUGCCCCUUAGGAUUCAGAUGCAGAGAACAGGCCAUCUCCCACCCUCCGCUCCUCCUGCAGCUAGACCCCGAAGGCUAUGAGAAGACCCCCUCUCCCACCCCUGGGUUUGCCAGCGAGCCGCUCAGCUUCCACCUGAGGUCUCUUAAGCUCCCCAGCGCUGGGAGUCCCUCUCGAGCAGCCUCGUGAACAUUCCUGUUGCGCAGGUUGUUGCUGCCUGUGCUUCCCCACCACCCGACAUCCAGUGUCCUCAGCGUUGCUGUGUGUCCCCGGCACCAUCCCCACAAGCGCCCCCUUUCUGUUUGUUCCUGACAACGUUUGUCUGACACAUUAAUAAAUUUCUGACUGUUCUUAAAACAGUGGAGAUGCCUCUAUUUUCCUUGCGUUUUGUGACUGACUUUGCCUAUAUACCUUUCUGGGGUUUUGUUUUAUUUUUUAUUUUUAUUUUGCAUACUGAAGGUAUUUGGGGUAGGGUUGUUUUUUGAGAUGUGUAAUUCUUUUAUGGAGUUUUUAAAAAGAAUUUUCAUAUUGUUUUUCUAACAUGGCUUCAUUAAGCGUUUAAGUAUUUUAAGAAUAUGUAAUAUUUGGACCAGAUGUUGUGAAUAAUAGUAGAGAUAAAGCUAUUUUAUUCUGUAUUUUUAAAACUGUUCCGUAUGAAUAAAAACUCUCCUGGACACCG